AUGUUUGAAGAUAUAACACACAGGAAUGCCGGUCAUGAGAGGGGGAAACGAGCGACUGACCAACUAUUAACCAAGUACACUGAACUCAAACAGGUUGAAGAGAUUCGCAGGAAUGUCUCUAAGGUCCAUAAACGGAAACUCCAAAAUCUGAAUGUGAGGAAACGAGUGUUGGAGUUGAUUCACAAUGAGCUUAACAAGAUAGAUAAGCCAGAAGAGACAUUUGAAGUGUACCAUAUCACAAAGAACUUGAAUCAGAAUAUUAAAGCGAAAACCAAAUCAGAAAAGAGUAAGAAAGGAGGAAAGCGAACAGAGAGCGAACAACCCGAUGACGCAACAUUACAAGCUAAAGUAGUCCAAUUCUUGGAUAAUUUGGAUGAGGAUGCAGAAGACGGGGAAGAAGUCAACGACAAAUACGAAGAGUAUGAUAACAUUGUCUCACAUAAACUUGAUCAAUUCACUAAUGAAUUUGACCAUUCUCAUAGACGAGCAAAGAUCGACUUCUUAAUACGUUCCAAUGGGUUGGAAGUACUUCCUAAAGACUACAUUGACAAGGACAAGUCAUUCCAACGACUUCAAAUCAACAAUUUAUCCACAUUACUCCAUGUAAAUAUCCUUCGCAAGAACUGGCAACUCGCAUACAAGAUUUUUAGUUUACUCAUCCGUUUUCCUAGUGUUGACAUUAGGACAAUCUGGCCAUUAGGUAUAGAAAUAUUAGUCAAUUUACAGCAGCAACUGAAUCUGCAUACCCUCAAAGUGGAGAAGUUUUUCGAUUACUUGUCGUCGUUCUAUAUGCUUAGCAAUGUCAAUUCUAGUCAGUCUAAAGGAAAGAGUAGACCAAAUGCAGCACCUGUGUGGAGAUCAGGUUCAAAGACAUUGACUCCACUUUAUGUCAUAACCGCAUUGUGGAACUUGUUUGUUAAGCAAGAGUAUGAGAAUUUGAUUAAUCGAAUUAAUGAACUUGUAUUAGAACCACCAUUUAAUACCGAAGGAGUGCUAUAUUUUAUUUAUGCAUUAUGUCACUUGUGUCAGGCUGUACAAGCAGUAUAUGCGUACACAGUACAGGAUACCGCUGAUAAUUUCACUGAGUUGAACCAACCAUACAGAAAUAGACGUGAAGUUCUAAAGGAAGUUGAUAGUUUACAGCAUAUAAUCAAUGAAACUUUGAAGAAAUGUGAAAAGCUUGAAUUUGAAUAUCCUAAAUCUGAGGUUGAUUCGCAGAUAUCGUCCUUGAUGGAAACUAUCAACAGACACGAUCAAGAGAAACCUACUCAGAAAUUGGAUGAAUGGGGUGAUAUUUCGUCGGAUGAGGAAGUUGCUGAGAAGAAAGUUAGUGGGAAUAUCAGUGAUAGUGCAAUGGAAGUUCCAAAUUCACAAGAUGAUUGGGAUGCCAUCAGUUCUGAUUCUGACGAGGAAGUUAAUGGAAAAGCGGUUAAUGAUGAGUGGGCGGAAAUUGAAUCUGACCAAGAGGAGGAGUCUGCAAAGAAUGACGAGGGAGUCAAUGGAAAAGUGGUUAAUGAUGAAUGGGCGGAAAUUGAAUCUGACCAAGAGGAGGAGCCUGCAAAGGAUAGCGAAAAUUUCCAUUCGGAUGCAUCACAACAGGAAGAUAUUGUUAAUUCGGAUUUAAAGAAAUCUCCUAUAAUGAAUGGGAAUAACAACGGAUGGGAUGAUAUUGAAUCUGACGUAUCAGAUUCUCAAUACAACGGUGAAGCUACUACAAUAGCUGAUGUCGAUGAUUCUGAUGUUGUAAUGUCCGGAUCGGAUCAUGUGAUAGCAGAAUCAACACAUGUGAAUGGUAACAAGACAACUAUUGAUGAUGAAUGGGGACAAAUUCGUUCUGAUUCUGAAGAACCGCCAAUUCGUCCCGAUUCCGAAGAACCAACAAAGGAAAGCACAGAUAAUGAGGAAGGAUGGAGCGCUGUUAGCUCGGACUCAGAAACUCCCGAAACCAAUGGCAGAAUUGAAGCUACCCCCGAAGUAGAUGAUAAACUCUCACAAAACACUCACCAGUUCAUUAAGAGCAUGGAAGAAGAAGACGAUGAUGUAAUCAGUGAAGAGGAAGAAGAAGCUGACGAUCAGAAUAGAUUUAACUCGUUUGAUAUGAGACGAAAUAGUUUGGAACUAUAUAGUAACAUAAGUCAAAGCGUUGAGCCAGAAACAUUUGAACGGAAUUUAAAACAAGGACAGCAAAAUAGCCAACUGACAAUGAUUGAUUUUGAUUUUGAUUUUGAUUAG